AUGCUGAAGCUCGGUAGGGCCGCGCCCGGGAGGGUCACGCCUCCCCGGCAGAGGCUCGAGCUGCACUUCCCCCCGGCGCUCCGCGCUGGCCGCUUGGCCGCGAGCUGCGCGGCCACGGCGCCGCUGCUGGCGCUGGCCUUCGCGGCGGGCAUCGCUUUCCUGAACCUGCAGGGCAACGUGCACCCGCCAACCCAGGAGGAGGGCAAGCGCGGGUUCGCCUGGUACUCGAGCUGGUUCUACCUCCCGCGGCUCGCGGGCCUGUCGGCGCCGGGGGCGCGCUUCGACGCCUCGGGCCCCGCCGGCUGCGUGCCCUACGCGCUCCAGAUCCUGGUGAUGAAGGCCCUGAACGGUGCGUACAGUGCGCUGGCUGUGCGGCUGACGACAUGGGAGAACCACAGGACAGGGAGGGGGUGA